AAAUGUCUCAGACCGAACCUAUAACACAGAUUAGCUCCUCGGAGCCUUACACAAUCUUUACAAUCCCACAAAAAGCUCUCAUUGUCGCCAUCGUUUCAUUCGCAGCUACGCUUUCCGGCUUUGCAUCGAAUAUCUACUUCCCCGCUCUCCCUCAAGUCGCCAAGGACCUAUCAGUCACUACCACCCUCGUCAACCUCACUGUGACAUGCUAUUUGAUAUUUCAAGGCCUGUCACCUACUCUAUGGGGCUCAUUAUCCGACACCAAAGGCCGCCGCAUUACCUACAUGUGCACACUCGUCAUAUUUCUUGGCGCAUGUAUAGGACUGGCAGAGACACGAAGCUACGCACAACUGUUGGUACUUCGCUGUGUCCAAAGCACCGGGAGUGCCAGCACCAUUGCAUUAGGUGCCGGAGUCAUCGGGGACAUCACCAAAAGGGAAGAGAGAGGUGGAUACAUGGGUAUCUUCCAAGGAGGGCUUUUGAUGCCCGUUGCCAUCGGUCCGGUAAUCGGCGGUGUCUUAGCCGACAGGUUGGGCUGGAGAUCAGUAUUUUGGUUUCUGACGAUCUAUGGCGGAGUCUGUGUCCUCGUCAUUGCCCUGAUCCUGCCUGAGACGCUAAGGUCGAUGGUGGGAAACGGAUCGGAAGAACCAAAGGGCUAUGCGAUGUCGCUUCUGGCACUGUACCAGAGAAAGAAGCAUUUCGAGCAAAACAUUGUCCCCUCCGCAGAGGACGAAAAGCCAGCGCCGAAACGCAUCGACUUCUUGGGUCCGGUAAAGAUUCUAUUCCAGUGGAAUACCUUUUGCGCGAUAUUCUGCGUCGCAGUCCACUACACAGUAUGGCAAAUGGUUCUCACCGCCGUUUCCACACUCGUCCAGCAGAAAUACCACACAUCAGAAAUCCAAGUCGGUCUAAUCUUCCUCUCCAAUGGAGCAGGAUCCAUUAUCGGAACCGUUCUGGUUGGCAGAUUCUUGGACCGUGACUACCGGCGGAUUUUACGCAAGUAUGGUGGCGACGAACAGCGAGUGCCCAUUGAGAAAGCUCGGCUCAGGACCGUGUGGAUUUGGAGCGCCCUUGAAUGUGUCUCCGUGCUGGUUUUUGGGUGGACCGUCGACCAAGGUGUGCAUAUUUCUGUGCCCAUUAUCUGCUUUUUUGUCCUGGGGUGGGCGGCCAUUUCACUGCAAAGCGUGAUCUCGACCUACCUGGUUGACAUCCAUCAUACCCAGAGCGCUUCUGCGACGGCUGCCCUAAACCUCGUCCGUUGUUUGCUCGGCGCAGGUGGGACUGCCGUGGUUGGACCUCUGAUCAACAGUAUUCAUGUUGGCUGGACCUUUACUUUGUUGACGGGUGUCAUGCUCGUACUGGGAGGUCUUAUUCUGGUUCAAAUCAUGUUCGGGAAGGCCUGGAAGCAGAAAAUCGAGCAGAACUCGGCGCCUGCAUUGGAAGAACAGAGGAAUGUCUAGAGAACGCUGGCCCCUGAAUAUGUCGGGUACAUGAUCCGAGCCGGAGGGAGUAGACCGGGUAAUAGUGACUUUCAGUGAUGGACAAGGGGUCACAUGCAUACCGACUCACACUGGGUGGGAGUAUAGGUCGGAAGCUGUGCCACGCUACAUCUGCCACUUAGAG